GUUUAUGACGUAGAAAAAAAGGGAAGGUAUAGUAUGUGUGUGGCAAGGCUCUAUGUAUUCCAUAGAGGCUUCCUGUUUAUAUUAGUUGUUAUGUUUGGUGUAUGGCAUUAACAAGAACGGAAUACUUAGUGCUUAACACUGCUCUGUGUUGGGGGAAAUUAAUGAAUCUUCAUCGGGCUUGGACGAUAUAUCUUUAUUUUGAUAUAUUUAUCCAUGCAGUGCAUCUACCAAAGUAACAAGCACAGCCAAACUGCAUCCUAUAUAUCUCAUUAUACUCUAAUUGUACUUGUCUACCAAAUACUGUAAUACUCAUUUGAGGAUUGGACUUUUGUAGGUAGUGUAGCAGGAAGACAGUAACUUCUCAUUCUUAACCCUCUGGGUAUAAUUCAUUUGGUGUUGCCUGGAAAUCAAGGCUAGGGUAUAGUCCACUUUAAGUUCCUUCUUUCUCAGGUUUAUAUAGAGAAAGUGGCAUGUUGGAUUGUUAAUUAGGUUGCUUGCUGGUUGAUGUCAGACGGCUAACACACUUUAGUUGCAUGCUGAACCAAAGUUGAAGGAUCAAAUGAAAUGAGACGUUUGAAUACACUUCAAUAUAAAUUACACUCUAGUGUGUACCACUAAAACGUGAUGGCGCCAAUAGGGUUUUAGUAUUCAUACUCUUUUCCAUUCCUAUAUCGUUCAGUAAUGUAUCCUUUUUCACUGGCUCAGCCAUGUUUUACACAGCGAUGCCUCACUUUUUUCAAUCCAAUCUUAUCAAUUCCUAUUCAAAUUAAUCAAAGGUAAAGUAAUAUUGUAAUGUGGAUUAAUAUAAUAUACAUACACGUCCUAAUAUUUUCUAGUAAUUCACUAUUUUGUAUGGCUUUGUUUUUCCUAGAAUUCUUUGAAUUGGGAGAUUAUCAUUAUACUUGUAUGUCGUUGGCAGAGUGAUGUAACUAAGUCUAUACACAACUUUGUAAAGAAUUAACACUUCAAAAGACUGCCCAACCUUUUGAUGAAUGUAGCCUUGCAUGAACAUUUUCUAUAAAGUUGAUUUCUAUCAAUAUGUUGUUUGUGUUAAAAUAUCUAUUUUAUAAUUACUCCCAAGUAUAUGAGGAAAACCUUUGAAUUACCACGUUGGCAUAUGAUUGUAUACUGGACACUUUCCGAAUGCUCUUUAACAUAAAUAAAAAAUGAACUGAAAAAUAAUAUAAAAGUAUGUGUGACAAGGCCAAGAUGGCGGCUUGACCUUAUGCUUUUUAUUAAUUUUUUACCGAGUUCCGCACCAAACUUCAGAAAGAUUGUGGAAACAAAACUAGUUUACAGUCAUUGCUAUUUUUAUUUGUUCAAUAUAUAAAAAAUGUUCCUGAAUAAUAAUUUGCUAAUUUAUUUCAGGAUGUUCAUGCGAAGUUGUGACAAAAAAAAGAAAGGAAGAAGCUAUCAGUUCUAUUGCUAACAACAAGAGAGGAACGUGCUUAUAGACUAUGAGGUUUCUGUGUUAUGCACUAUAGCCCGUUACCAUAUAUGUGAUUGAAUAUUAUCUGCUGUUGGCUUGUGUGGAUGUAUGUAUGUGUUAUGCAACAUAGCUGACUUGAAACAUUGUUAACAGUUUCAAGGCCAUGGGCCUUUCUCAUGAUGGGGCGGCAGGGUAGCCUAGUGGUUAGAGCGUUGGACUAGUAACCGGCACAUUCAGAGCGGGGUGUUGCGAGAACAAGCGGUCUUUUGUUAGAUAACAGGAGCCAGGUGCGAGAUAACGGUAUGAGCGCAUGGAUGUUCUUCGCAGCAACAGUUACAGCUAUCAACAGAAGCGCCAAGAGGCGGGGACCCGCCUGAGCGCCUGCAAUAGGCUGUGCAAGUUUAAACCACGCCCAGCCUCUACUGUGAUAGGCCAACAGACGGGUUGGAACUGUCUAUCACAGUAUAAAGAAUACUGUUUACAUACAUCUUGCCAGUUCGCUGUUUGCCCUGCGAGGUGGGACAGAGAGCCCGUAUAUACGAAAAUUCCAUUUACCACUUAUUGCUUGGCUAAUAAAAAAUACAUAGUAUAAGAUCGGUGACUAAUUGUCAUAUUUAUCCUGAUACCAGAUUCGAAUUGACGCAAAUCUAACAAGACUCCCUGCCAUAACUACGCUUUCCCUAUGGAUAAUAUCAUGCUGUUGAAGGUGACGAGUUCCCCUCUUUACCGGUUACUCCGUGCAAACCUCCACCCUGCAAAAAAAAAAAUAUGGACUCUGAGGUCGUGGCCACCCUCUCCUCACUCAUCAACUCCAGGUCUGACGCCAUUGAAGGAAAUAGUAGGUGCGAACACCAUGGUAAUCGAAGGCUUGAAACAGACUGUAGAGUUUGCAUGUAGUGAAAUCAAGGAUGUGAAAAUGAGUUGAAAAAAGUGUUGAAAAGGUGGUACAGAAUUCAAUGUAUACCACAGACGUCUCACUGAUCUGGAGCAAUACACAACCAGAUGGAACCUGAGACUACGGCGUGCCAGAGGUGGAGAAUGAAGAUGUGCGACGAGAGGCUAUCAGCAUCUGCCAAGAAGUUAUGUCUGCAUGGUAUAACAAACGUUGGUGAUACUAUCGACGUUGUGCAUCGUCUCGGUAAGAAGCAACAGCAAAACGAUUCAAGACCAAGGGGUAUCAUCAUCCUCUUCACUAACAGAUUCUACAGGGAUGCGUCUGGAAAGCUGCUAGGAAGAACGCAUUCCUUCAGAGCCAUGGUCUGCGUUUCGCCGAGCAUCUCAGCCCGGAGGACAUAGAAAGAAGGAACAAGUUGUGGCCAACGAUCAAGAAAGCACGAAAUUAGGGUAAGGUGAAGGCUUCGUCGGAGGACGAGGCUUCAUCAACGGUUCGGAAAUCAAUAUUCCUCCCUGGAAUCUCACCCGAAGGAACAGAUUGAUGGUUUCAGGCAUGGUAUUCUCAUUUUCCUUGUACUGAUUUAACUUUUACCAAACAAGACCCAGGUGACAUUUUUUUCUGAAUACUCAGGUACUUCAAUAAUUUAUUAGCUUGUUCUUGUAUGACCAGACCAGAAGAAGGCUUAUUUUGUUUACAAACUCACGAAGAAGACUGAAAGUUUUUUAUGCAUACCGUAAGGGGCAUACAUGUCUGCUCUGACUUCACAUGGUUCUUGUUCUAUUUAGUUAUUAAUACUUAUUUCCAAGUGAAAAAGGUCCUUGGAAUGUGUAUAUGUAAAACACGUUUUAUUCUUUGUUGUUUAAUGAUCCGUUUUCAUAUACACUUAAAAUAGUAGGUAUCAUUUUAUUUUUUAAAUGAUUGUUUUGUAUUUCUCAGAAUAGUACCUGAUUACACUAAAGAGGGUUUUUAGUCUCUCUUACUACAGAGAACCCUUGGUUUGGUCUUGAACAUAAUUUUCAGUUGACUUGAAUUUCAAAACUAGCUCAGAGUUUAUGGUUUAAGCUAUUUUCACUUUAAGUUUACUUAAAUGGUGCAGAUCUCGGUUCCUUAUCGCUUAAGUUCACUGCUUCCACGUUAUUGACUCAUCCUACAGUUUUAUACUUUUAUAUUAUAUUAGUUGUUUUGUCUUUGUCUAUAGUUUCCCUUAAUGCUAGGGGGUUACGAAGCAAUGUGAAGCGCAAGGCUGUCAUUUUUAUUUGCUAAACAAUUUAGAACAGAUCUUUGUUCUCACUCAAUUUCUGCUGACGUCAACUUAUGGAGGUCACAGUGGGGCAAAUAUAUUUGGCUCUCCCAUGGAUCUGAACGCUCCGCUGGUGUCACCACAAUGGAAAAUACCUUUGGUGGUAAUAUUCUACACUCUGUGACCCCUUUGGUCACUUUAUUUGUCUUGUGAUCAGUUACAAUGACAUUACACUCAUUACUGUAAACUACUACGGGUACAACACCAAACAUGAGAAUGAUGAGUUACAAUGACAUUACGCUCAUUACUGUAAACUUCUACAGGUACAACACCAAACAUGAGAAUGAUGAGUUACAAUGACAUUACACUCAUUACUGUAAACUACUAUGGGUACAACACCAAACAUGAGAAUGAUGAGUUGCUUGAAUCUAGAGAGAAACAUAUACUUCAUUGGUUAUCUAAAUUUCCCAAUUCGUUAUUAUUGAUAGGAAGGGACUUUAACAUGACUAUAGAUAAUUGAACUGAUAGAUGGCCCCCAGGUUGUCCAACCAGUCAGAAUUUGGUCAUCAAAAAGAAAGGAGGACCAAGGCACUCUUCAUAUAAUUAAUUAAAAUGCCUUUAUUAGUAUGGCAUGUUGAAUAGAAACAACGUUUUUAAAAACAUCCGCGUUUCGGCUGCAUGGCCUUCGUCAGGGAGUACAAAAAAAAAGGAAUACAAUGUCCUCUUUUGAACAGCUUUUCCAAUUAGCCCUAAUUGGAAGAGGGAAAUUGAUUGGACCUUUGUGUACCUUAGUAGCGCUUCCCUUCCUCCUCUUUCUACCAGUCAGAAUUUGGGUUUAAUACUUUUUAUGGAAAAGUUUGAUCUUAUAUAUAUGGAGAGAGAGGUUUCCGGCUGACAGAUCGUUCACUUGGAGUAACAAAACAGGUUCCAGACAGUCCAGAAUAGAUUUUUACAAAUAUUUUUACUACUCCCCUCACAGACAAUAGGGCCAUUUACAUUGAUAUCAAAAUAUUUACCCCUGAUACUAACCUUGGUAGCGCAUCCUACUUAAAUAGCUCAUUAUUAAAUAAGGAUAUAGUUAAGUUUGAGGUUAAAGAUCUGCUCUCACACGUUUGGGAAAGGGCUUGUGAAGAAAAAUCUUAUUGCAAGAACUGGGAGCUCUUUAAAUUUGAGAUGUCCAAAUACCUUAGAAAAUCUGGUAGUAAUCUUGCUAAGACUAGAAGAGCUGAGGAGGAAAAGGUGAUCAUUAAGAUAACUUCCCUUUCUCAGAGGUCCCCAGCCGGCCUCUCGGGGAAGGAGAAAAUGGAACUGAUUGAGUUACAAAAUAGACUGGAUAAUACAUGUAGAUUAAAAUAUCUGGAUAAUAUAUAUAGAUUAAAUAAACUGGAUAAUAUAUAUAUAUAUAUAUAAUAAAUCAACUGGAUAAUAUAUAUAGAUUAAAUAAACUGGAUAAUAUAUUAAUUAAAGUUCAAACCCCCGAGCUGACAAGGUACAAAUCUGUCGUUCUGCCCCUGAACAGGCAGUUAACCCACUGUUCCGAGGCCGUCAUUGAAAAUAAGAAUUUGUUCUUAACUGACUUGCCUAGUUAAAUAAAGGUUAAAUAAAGGUUAAAUAAAUAAAACAUAAUGACUGUUAUGUUUGGAAGAAAAAGGGGAAGGCUUGCAAGCCGAAGAACAACUGUGAAGUACGGGGCUGGCAGCAUCAUGGGGCUGCUGCUUUACUGCAGGAGAGACUGGUGCACUUCACAAAAUAGAUGGCAUCAUGAGAAUGGAAAAUUAUGUGGAUAUAUUGAAGCCACAUCUCAAGACAUCAGUUAAAGCUUGGUCGCAAAUGGGUCUUCCCAAGCAUACUUCCAAAAUUGUGGCAAAAUGGCUUAAGGACAACAAAGUCAAGGUAUUGGAGUGACCAUCACAAAGCCCUCACCUCAAUCCUAUAGAACAUUUGUGAGCAGAACUGAAAAAGUGUGUGCGAGCAAGGAGGCUUACAAACCUGACUCAGCUCUGUCAGGAGGAAUGGGCCAAAAUUCACCCAACGUAUUGUGGGAAGCUUGUGGAAGGCUACCCGAAUCGUUUGACCCAAGUUAAACAAUUUAAAGGCACUGCUACAAAAAACGAAUUGCGUGUAUGUGAACUUCUGACCCACUGGGACUGUAAUUGGUCCAUUCAACAACAGAGCGAUACAAACCUUGUAUUCAUGUAAGGGAUCUAUGGCAAGACAUCAGUAGAUUUAUAUUUGUACACAUUUAUGAAGAUUUUACACUAUUAUGGAGAGCUGUAUGGCUUGGAUUCUUUACCUACGAUAGAAAUAAGUUGAAACAAUUUUAUUUCAUUUAAUUGUUUUGGCCAAAUUUCAUAUUCACAAAUGUAAAUUUAGAAAAGAAAACACAUUUUCUUACCUUACAAAAAGAAAUUGAACUAUAUUUUAAGACAAAUACUCUACUAACAAAAAAGCUGUUACACUUAUAAUUGUAUGUAUGUCCCUUAUGGUCCAUGUGUAAUGUGAUAUUGUACCCCCUAGCCCAAUUGUCCUUUGUAUAUUCGUUAUAUAUACUUGUGUUCCUCAUGUACUUUUUGUAUUGAUUUGUUAUUAAUAAUAAAAAACAAUUAAAAAAUAGGUAUAUGUGUGUGUGGGGCGGAGUUACGUUGGGGGUAUUUGCCCGGUCAUUGGCUAGAAUAGUCCCACCUGAUCUCGCCUCACUUCCUUCUUUGAGGACAUGUAUUUCCAUUGUUAAAGCGGUUACUCAACCAUUUUGUCAAUCUAAUAGAUCAUCUUUGGUCAUACAUUAACUUUCAAUAAGGGACUUUAACCGGCUGCUUUAUCUUUUUCUUCAUCCUAUCAAAAAUAGUUUUUUUUCUAUGCUCAAACCAGUUAUCCAUAUUUUAUGUCUCCCAAGGCUACACACACAGAACCAAGAGAGAGAUUUUAUCAACCCUUACCAAAACAGAAGUAAUGUGGGAAGGAUAUGGACAUUUCUGUGGUUUUAAAGGGGAAAUGGCACAGAUCCUUCUUUCCAAAACCACCCCAGACUUUCUGUGACAUUCACAUGUUAGGCCUAUGUGACAUCCGAAAUGUUAUAUUGUCAUUUAAUUCCAUAUUUGGAGUUGUUCAUUCAUCUAAACAUCCUCUUAACUCUAAAUGUAAUUUUAUGACCGAUUCAUUGAACUCAAAUAGCCUAUAAUAAUAUAUUACAUUUUUAUAGUGCUUUUCAUAGACGUAAAGCAUUUCAAGAGCAAAAAACAAACAAGCAGUAUACUGUAUCAGGUCAACCAAUAGAGGCCAAGUCUUUCAGUGCUGCAUCCUCUGCUGAUGGAGAGGGUCAGUUCAGGGCUUGAGCGGGGAGAGCUGGUCAGAUGGUAGAUGAUAUUGAUGGAGUCUGCUGAUGAUCUUGUAGAGGGCAAGUCUGGGAACCAGCCUGACUCUUACAGCCACCCUCUUCCACUCUGUGUAACACCACUUGGGUGAUGUCUCAGCAGCUCUGGGUGCCAGAAAGCUCACCACACAAGGAUCAGAAUAGUAGCCAGUCGUCCUCACUGUGAGCCCUCUGCCUAAGCUCUGUCUCCCAGUCUCCUCACGCUUCAGGCAACUCCUCAAAUGAUGUUAGCAGAAGAUCAGAAAUUGGCAGCUAGGUGAAACAAAAAAAGAUGGUACUCUGUCCAGAUGCAUUUUUUCAAAAAGAGACAUUAGCCAAAAAGUGUUAACCUAUCAGUCAAUCUUCAAAUACUCGUCUCAAAAAUACCAGAUAUAGGUAAUAAAAACUCAAAUGUUAUCUAAAAACUAAAGCGCUGAUUAUAAAUCAACAAUUAAAAUCACCUCAAAAUAAUUAAAUAUGUACACAUUUACAGCUCUGUGCUCAGGCUGCAACCUGGUCUCAGAGCAUUUGAUAUUAUCCUGUACGUAAAUCUGCGGUACGCAAUUUAAUAUGAAACUGUAUGUUACGUUUAAUAUGGUAUAUAUUCAUUUUUGAAUAUCCAUAUCCAUCAUUUCAUAUGAUAUGUUACAAAUUACAAUUGAUAUUAUAUGUUAUGAAUUUGCUAAAUACACAAUAUGUUAUGAAUUUUCAAAACGUUUGAUAUGUUACAAAUUCUAGCUAGGCUAGAGGUUAGUGUUUAGUUUAGGAGUUAUGAUAAAGGGUUAUGGUUAAGGUCAUGGGAAGGGUUAGCUAAAAGGGUUAAGGUUAGGGGAAGGGUUAGCUAACAUGUUGCGAAGUAGCAAAUAAGUCGUAAGUUGUUAAUUAGCUAAAACGCUGAAGUUGUCCAUGAUGACAUUCAAACUCACAAACUUUGAGUUGCUAGACGUUACCAUUACACCCACCAUUAUGCCUUAAGAAACAAUCUGUCUUAUGUAACCAUACCAAACAUAACAUAUGAUAAUACUUUUAGUGUCCCGGAUUUACGUAUACUAUGUUGCAUCUAGUCUAUGAGACCAGGCUGAGGCUGUUAUUAGGGUGCCAUGACAACUAUAGAACUCAUAUGCUUGAAAUAUGGAAAUACAUGGAACCUUGAAUCAUGAUUAUUUAAUCUUCUGAUUUAAUCAAGCCUCUUGUUUUCCUGUUCUAUUUUGGAAAGAAGUUUAGGUGACAAGCUGAUGGGACUAUGGGCUAUAGGUAACAAACUCUGCUCGAAUGACGGCUAUAUUAUGACGCACCUUAGAACUUGUAAAUGUGCGCCAGAAGAGUACUCUGUCCUAGUCAUAUCCAAAAGGCCCGAGGAUGCGCCUCAAGCUGCGGAACCUUCUACAGUUCAUGUGGAACAGGAGGUCCAACAGCGGGCCCCAAUGUGUGCCAUACAUCCGCGACAUCAGACAGCUGCAGAGCGAGGGGUUCUACCGAGUUUAUCUCGGUGAAACCGAGUUUCCAGAGGGUCUGAUCACUGGUGACAUCUCCGCGGCAACGGACGCCUCUAGCAGCAGACACAGCUGGAGCGUCAUCCACGCGGGAGGUCAGAGAGGAUGGGUUCCAUGGAAUUACAAACUACUGUUCCACUGUAACGGUGUCUCCUCACUGCAGCCUUCAGGGGAAAUAUUUGAAGAGUUGUGUGGCAGUUUAAGGGAGAACUACGGGAAAUGUGCAAUAGUAGUGAACAAUCAUAGCUGGAGGUCACCAAGGAAAGUUGACGAUUGUAACUUCGCAGGGUACGUUCAUCACCUGCCCGAGGCCCCAGUGGAUCUCAUACCUAUGAGCUGCUGCCCGACGUUGGCGCGCGCGUACGGACACGAGCUUAUUCAAAUCCCAUUCCAGUGCGCGCACCUGUGCCCUCUGAACAGCGCUUGGUCCACGGUGAAGUGGUUUGCGACCAACGACCAUGGGAAGUAUUCGGAGGCCAUUUACGAUCGUGACACUCUACAUAAAUACGUCUAUUGGAAUGAGCUGAUGGAGGGAGCUCUGAAGAAGAUGACCAAGAGGAAAUGGGAGGAAGCAUUGUCUCGAGUUAGGAAGAAUGAGAAUCAUUACAUAAAUGACAAGCAGUGACAACGGGUUCAUUCAGACUAUAUAAAAGAGAUGACAUUGGCUAAGGGACUUUUUGUUUGUUUGUUGGUAAAAGUAUAGUUUCCAUGUAUUGUGAGGUUAGUGCUAUGGUCUCUGCCAAAAGGUCUAAACCUUUAUGGCACAGGAUAAUGUGCUCACCCCAUACUGCAAUGUUAUUGAUUCAAGCAAGGUUCCUGCUCCUUCUCAAUCACAACUGUACAUUACAAAAUGCUAUGACUCAUUAAGAUUCAUAGAAUUAAAUAAAACUUGUUACAGAUUAUCAAUGUAUUUAGAAUCAAAGGAAUGCAAUGAAUUUACAACCAAAUCACAUGUUCAGACAGUGAAACAUGUUUUAAAUAGGCCUGGAUAUUAACAUACACUACCGGUUAAAUUUUUAGAACACCUACUCAUUCAAGGGUUUUCUUUUUUUUAAACUAUUUUCUACAUUGUAGAAUAAUAGUGAAGACAUAAAAACUAUGAAAUAACACAUAUGUUAUCACCCUUUACCUUGAUGACAGCUUUGCACACUCUUGGCAUUCUCUCAACCAGCUUCAUGAGGUAGUCACCUGGAAUGCAUUUAAAUUAACAGGUGUACCUUGCUGAAAGUUAAUUUGUGGAAUUUCUUUCCUUAUUGCAUUUGAGCCAAUCAGUUGUGUUGUGACAACGUAGGGGUGUAUACAGUAGAUACCCAUAUUUGGUAAAAGAUCAAGUCCAUAUAAUGGCAAGAACAUCUCAAAUAAGCAAAGAUUUAGAAUUCAAGGCACACUUAACCAACAUGGCUACCACAACAUUCUGCAGCGAUCCACCAUGCCAUCUGGUUUUGGCUUUGUGGGACUAUCAUUUGUUUUUCAACAGGACAAUGACCCAACACACCUCCAGGCUGGGUAAGGGCUAUUUUGCAGAUGGAGUACUGCAUCAGAUGACCUGGCCUCCACAAUCCCCCAACCUCAACCAAAUUGAGACGGUUUGGGAUGAGUCAGACGGCAGAGUGAAGUAAAAGCAGCCAACAAGUGCUCAGUAUAUGUGGGAACUCCUGCAAGACUGUUUGAAAAGCAUUCCAGGUGAAGCUGGUUGAGAGAAUCCCUAGAGUGUGCAAAGCUGUCAUCAAGGCAAAGGGGGGCUUUUUGAAGAAUCUCAAAUAUAUUUUGAUUUGUUUAACACUUUUUUGGUUACUACAUGAGUCCAUAUGUUAUUUCAUCAUUGAUGUCUACACUAUUAUUCUAUAAUGAAGAAAAUAGUAAAAAUAAAUCAAAACCCUUGAAUGAGUAAGUGUUCUAAAACUUAUGACCUGUAGUGUAUGUAGACGAGGUGAUUCAUUUAAUCAAGGUUUUUUUAAGACACCAACUUAUUACAUCUUUAAAAAAUAAUAAUGUUUAAGCUGCAUUUCUAGAACAGUUUCAAAUGUCAUACAACAUAGGUUGCUCUGGUAAGUAGCUGUAGGACAUUCUCAUGGUCAGUCAGAUACCUCCAGUCCAGUCAGAAUUGCUCUUUCCUCCAACAAAAAUGCUGCCAUACAGUGUAUCUCAA